AUGGCGUUUCUCGGAGAGAUCAAUCACAACGCCGGCGCGAUGUCGCCUCGCGAGCGCACCGAAGCCGAGCUGCUCGAGAUCCUCGAGCUGAGCGAAGAGCUCGUCGCGCUGAAGCUCUCGCUCGCGUCCUCGAUGUCGGACGCGAACAUGGACGUCGCCUCGGCGAGGAUCGCCUCGCCGUUCGGACAUCACGCGGUCGGUCCGCUCGCGUUCCCGACAGACAUGGAGGCCCUCGUCGGCGUGCGCGUGACGAGACGCGAGGCGGACGGCGACGACGCCGGCGGCGACGACGCCGCGGCGAAGCAGGCGUCCGCGGCGACGCGCGAGUACGAGGUCGUGGACAGACCGCCGAGGAACGACGAGGGCGUCGCGGGGGACGACGAGGUGAAGAAGCGAAAAGACGCGGCGGCGGCGGGACCCGACGGCGGCGGGUUGCGGCGACGCGCGACGGCGGCGGCGGGCGCGGCGGCGGGUAUCGGCGCCGCCGUCGCCGCCGCCGCCGCGACCCCUCCUCCAGACGCCCUCGCGCGCGAUGGACCCGACCCCGACCCCGACCCCGACCCCGACCCGCGGCGGCGUCGGACGCGGCCGCGGCGUCCGCCCGCGUCGUGGUUCAACGGCGGGGUGCCGCACGUUGGGUUGACGCGCGCGGCGGGGGCGUACGCGGCGUGCGUCGAGACCGUCGCUCGCGCGGCGACGGUGUCGUCGAAGAUCGACGCGGCGCUCUGUCGGUUCGAACGACGCGGGAGGGAUUCGACGGAGGGGGCGUAG